AUGGUAGUUAAUAUUGCAAUUUCAACUGAAUCUAGAAGAACCGUAUUGAGAAAGCUUGGUAUUUUUGGUUCCAUAGCUAUUGGAUUAUUUAUUGUUGGUAAAAAACAUAUAGCAUAUCAAAAACAAGCACGUCAUGAUAAAGAAUCUGAUUCAAGUAUAAAACAUGAAAUUAAUCAACAAGAAGAAGAAUUUGGUUAUGUUACUAAAAGAAGAGGAUUCCCAUUAACUAAUCCAAAUUUGGAUUAUACUUCACCUGAUAGACAAUCAAAAUAUGUUGGUAGUGGAGAUGCAUUUAGUUCGAGAAGACAAGGAGAUAGAUUAUCCUUAUUCCAGGUUAUUAAAGCAAAAUGGCUCUCUGAUGAAGCUGAAGAAAGCAAAUAUUAUACACCUAGUAGAGAAGAUAAACUUGACAAAUAA